CAUCGCGGUCGCCUGGGUCUGAGCGGCCCCCCUGCCCGUCUCGCGAGGAUGCUGGGGGAGGAGAGAGGCUCUGUUAUGUAAGCCAGAUCAGAUCGGAAGGCGGAGACUUUGGGAGUGAUCGAGAGUUGAGUGCGAUUAGAUAAGCCGAUGAUGCUGUGUUAAGGCUGUGUUGCUGGCUUUAUCGGGUUGCUUACAAACGGGCUUCAUGUGAUUGUGGAUGUGGAUGUAUGCUCACAGGAAUCCAGUCUCAGACUCAGAGCAAGCUGAAGAUGGACCAACCACAACAGAAGACUACCACUAGGAGGACAACAACAACAACAACAACAACAACCAACCGAAAGACUAACAACGUACUCCAUCGGAACAAAGCCUGUCUGAGCUGUCGAGCAAGAAAGACCAAGUGUGAUGCAGUCAAACCGAUCUGUUCAUCCUGCAAACGAUUGGGCCCAGAACAACAGUCACAGUGCAAGUACGAUCAAGCACCCAAGUGGCUAGAAUCACUCGUCUGUCCUAAUCGAACUCAACAGAAUCGGAUAGUAGAACUAGAACAGAAACUAGAGUCACUAGAACUCAAACUCAACCAACUCAGAACGCAGGCUGCCAUCAAACAAGAACAGGAACUACUACAACUACAACAACAAACCACAAAAGCACUACCACUACCGACUGGAAUCACCUACAAUCAGAAUACCACCACCACCACCACAACAACAACAUCCCACUUUCAAACCGAUCAUCAUCAUCCCAAGUCUUUCUUCACAACUCAGCAGAACAUCCUACUCUCAAACCAACACGAGGAUCUCGAGUCUUACCAUCAAGCCUUCCAGCCAGUCUAUACCGAUCAGCACCCUCAAUCGAUCAUCUCUUUGAUCGAUCAUCCACCGACCAACCAUUCCUUGGUCAUCAGACAACACGACGGCCAACUCACCCAAGCUGAAUUCAACCCAUACCCGUCUCAGUUCAUCACCCCGAUCUUUGACUCGCCCAGUCCAUCGACUACCUCAUCCAUACACGACCCAUCCACCCCAUCACCCCAUAACUACCACCACCAACACCAUCAUUAUUUAUCAGCUCAGAACUCAGACCCACAUCUACCCGUAUCCGAGCCCAACUGGUACUCACAUCUUCCAUCUCGGAAGAUCUGCAAGCUUCUCAUCAAGGCCUUCUUCAAUCGGCCCCUAUCACCCUUCACCCUCGUCGAACCCAUCGGCCUCCAAUCCCGCCUCGAUCUGAGUAUCCUAGACCCACACUUCCCCGAACCAGUUCUGAUCCAUGCGAUCUGCGCCACCGGCGCACAGUACAUCUCCCGGGAUGCACUCACCCCGGUUUACUGGACUCACCCACAAGGCCCACACGUCCAUCACGCCGAAUGGGCCGAACGAUUAUUGAACGCAGGCAUCUCCACCCUUCGCGAGCCUCGCAAACUCCUCGAACUGGCUGAGGCUGCCGUGCUCUGCUGUCAAUAUUAUACCGUCGUCGGCAAACCUCUGAUGAUCUGGAAGUCCUUGGGAUGCUGCAUCCGCUUAGCUACCCUCGUCGGCCUUAACAUCAACCUCAUCAAUCCUCCUUCUCAUCAUCAGGAGCAUGUCUCUCACAGUCACUCUGGCCUCCAAAAAGUCUCGUUUUGGCCCGACGGCGUCGGCGUCUUAGAUAGACCCACUAACCCUAACGUUCAACAUUAUCGGUAUGUCGAAUAUGAAAUCAAUUUAUCCUUCUUCCAAGAAGAAAAAGGAUAA